AAAAUAUUUUCAUCUGGUAUAUUUGAUUAUGAAAAAAAUUUAAAACGUACUAUAAAAUAUUUAAUCUUUGCUACAAAAAAACAUGAUGAAAAAUCUAUUAAAUUAUUAGAAAAAGUAAAAUCAUUAAUUAUUAAAAAGAAUGAGAUCUCUAACGAUAAUUACAAUAAAUAUAAUAAUAAAUGGAAGAAAUUUUUCAAAAAAUUUUUACUUAUCACAGGCAAUCAUUCUUAUAUAACUAAUGAUAUGGAUAAUGUCAAAAUAGUUACUGCAUAUAAUGAUUUAAAAUAUCGUGAAGCUAUUUCUUAUUAUAAUAAAGCAUCUAGACUAUUUAAUGAAUGCAAUAGUAAUGAAGUACUCAAAGAAAUAUAUGAAGAAGAAAUUCUUAAAUUAAGAAGAACUGCUUUUGAACAUUUUAAAAAGAAUGAUGAUUAUGCUUAG